CCAGCAAAAAGUUGAAAAUCUCGGCUUAAAAUCUAUAAGGACAGACUUUUAUUUUGAUUGGAGGUGGUUUAUGGCAUUGUGUAGAGAAAGUAAAGAUUCCACCAUGCUUGACUUAAGUCAGGGCGAGGACGCCGCUGCUGGUGGUGGUGGUAGUGGUGGUGGGGACUUCCCCGCCAAGCUCACCAAGCAGGUCGUUGUUUGUACCAUAAUUGCAGCCGUUGGUGGUCUCAUGUUUGGCUAUGAUAUUGGCAUAUCUGGAGGAGUAACGUCAAUGGACAGUUUCUUGAAGAAAUUCUUCCCAACUGUUUAUGUCAAGAAACACCAAGCCAAGGCAAACAACUACUGCAAAUACAAUAACCAGUAUCUUCAGCUUUUCGCAUCUUCCCUCUACUUUGCAGCCAUAGUGGCUAGCUUUUUUGCUUCCGUAAUUAGCAAGAAAUUUGGCCGGAAACCCACCAUCCAAGUUGCCUCUAUCUUAUUUCUUAGUGGAGCCGUAUUGAAUGCUGCUGCUCAGAAUCUUGCCAUGUUGAUUGCUGGAAGGAUGCUUCUGGGCGCCGGAGUAGGAUUUGGCAACCAGGCAGUUCCUUUGUUCAUAUCAGAAAUUGCACCUCCAAGGAAUAGAGGAGGCCUUAACGUUAUUUUCCAAUUGAUGAUCACAUUUGGCGUUCUGAUUGCUAAUAUUAUUAAUUAUGGUACUUCAAAGCUGCACCCAUAUGGGUGGAGGAUAUCACUGGGUGGUGCUGUAGGGCCUGCUUUGAUUCUUCUCAUUGGCUCUAUCAUCAUCGUGGAGACUCCAACGAGCCUUAUAGAGCGAGGAAGAAAAGAAAAAGGCUUAUCUACUUUGAAGAAGAUCAGAGGCGUUGAUAAUGUUGAUAAAGAAUAUGCAGAAAUUUUGAGUGCCGUUGAAAUGGCUAAGCAAUAUAAAAACCCCUUCAGGAACCUCUUGAGUAGGUAUAAUAGACCUCAACUUAUCUGUGGCUCACUUCUUCAGUUCUUCCAGCAGUUCACAGGCAUCACUGCAGUCAUGUUUUAUGCCCCGGUGCUCUUUCUAACUAUGGGAUUUGGAGAUGAUGCGUCCCUAUUGUCAGCUGUUAUGGCAAAUACAGUUAAACCCAUAGGCACAGUGGUUGCUAUUUUAGUUGUGGAUAGAGUUGGAAGAAGGGUGUUGCUUGUUGAAGCUGCCAUUCAAAUGUUCAUUUCUCAGUGUGCAAUUGGAGGAAUUCUUGCAGCGCACUUGAAAGCUACAAAUAUUGUGCCAAAACAUUAUUCUAUAGCUGUGAUCUGCUUGAUCUGUUUAUUCUUGGCUGGUUUUGCAUGGUCAUGGGGUCCCCUUGGCUGGUUAAUUCCUAGUGAAACCUUCCCACUGGAGACUCGAAGUUCUGCUUUGUUCAUUACUGUUAGCAUGAACAUGUUGUUUACAUUCAUAAUUGCCCAAUCAUUUCUCACAAUGCUAUGUCAUAUGCGAUCUGGGAUUUUCUUCUUCUUCGCUUUCUGGCUUGUUGUUAUGGGACUUUUUGCCAUUUUCAUGCUCCCUGAGACGAAAGGAAUCCCAAUUGAUGAAAUGAUUGAUAGAGCAUGGAAGAAACAUUGGUUUUGGAAAAGGUACUUGAAGGAUUAUGAUGCUGGAAAGGGCCAGCAGGAACUCCAAGAUAAACCACUGGAGAAGUCAAUUGAAUAAGAUGUUCUGUUCCCACACUUUACUUCUGCUGAUUGUAGAUGGCUUACAGUUUCUGUUUUCUUUCUAUAGGAUAAUAAACAUGUUCUUGAUGAUUAUCAAAAGAUAGUUGCAAUUGAUUUUC